AGUUCCGGGAGGUUCCAUUCGCGUCAGCGGUGGAGAGGAAGAGAGGGAAAUCUCGUCUCUUUCUCUCGGAGGUAGGUUUUAUUGGCUUCACCAAAUAUUUGAAAGCAAUGGGAAAAGGCUACAAGGUGGUGGUGUGUGGAAUGGCUUCUGUUGGGAAGACUGCUAUUUUGGAGCAGAUUCUCUACGGUAACCACAUUGUUGGCAUGGAAUGUAAUGCAACUAUAGAGGAUGUUUAUGUGGCUCUGGCUGAAACAGAUCGAGGAGUAAAGGAACAGCUACGUCUGUAUGAUACCAAAGGAGUGCAAGGAAUCGAGCAGUUUCCCAGGCAUUACUUCUCUAUUGCCGAUGGCUUUGUUUUAGUAUACGCUGUGAAUAGUCUGGAAUCCUUCCAGAAAGUUGACCAGCUCAAAAAUGAAAUUGACAAGCUUAGAGACAAAAAGGAGGUGUCAGUAGUGGUUUUGGGGAAUAAAACUGACCUUAUGGAGCAAAGACAUGUCACGACUGAAGUAGCACAGCAGUGGGCCAAGCUCGAGAAAGUGAAACUCUGGGAGGUGACGGUAACUGAUAGAAGGACGCUGACAGAACCCUUCACCACGCUAGCGAGUAAACUCUCUCAGUCCCAGAACAAAUCAGCAUUUCCUUUGCCUGGCAGGAAGAGCAAAGGCAAUAAUGGAGACAGCUAAAAUAGUCCUCUGAGGAUGAACUCCUUGACUUUCCGUCUCCUGCUGAGGCAUAUGUUCAACUCUUUCUUUUGUGCCUCAUGAAGUGUAGCAAGUUAUUUGAUGAUGAAGUUGGUGAAUGGCAAGCAGCUUCCUUUGUUCCUUCUAAAGCUGUUGAGCAGCUUUGGAUAUCAGUAGCAAAAUGGCCUCCAGCGUCACUACAUAAAAGCAUGUAAAUUAUCA